GGCCGCUGCUCGGCCUGCCCCAGCCCUUCCCGAGAAACGCCUUGGCUCCUGGCCGCACCGCCGACAUCAGUCACUUUAACUACAUUUCCACCCCCCUGUCUUCGCUCUUUCCAGAGUCUGACUUUGACCCCCAACCUUAAAGAUGCUGGAGUCAUACGUAACUCCAAUUUUAAUGAGCUACGUGAAUCGCUAUAUCAAGAACUUAAAGCCCUCGGAUCUACAGCUUUCACUAUGGGGUGGCGACGUGGUGCUCAGCAAACUCGAGUUGAAGUUAGAUGUGCUGGAACAGGAACUGAAAUUACCAUUCACCUUUUUAAGUGGACAUAUUCAUGAAUUGAGGAUUCAUGUACCAUGGACAAAACUGGGUUCAGAACCAGUGGUAAUUACCAUCAAUACAAUGGAAUGCAUUUUGAAACUUAAAGAUGGAAUACAGGAUGAUCAUGAGAGUUGUGGUUCUAAUUCAACCAAUCGUAGCACUACUGAGAACAUGAAAUCAUCAAUAAAACCCCGAAAAAUUCAGCAGGCUGCCCCUACAGAUCCAGAUUUACCACCAGGAUAUGUGCAGAGUCUGAUUAGAAGAGUUGUAAACAAUGUAAACAUUGUUAUAAAUAAUCUCAUACUAAAAUAUGUUGAAGAUGAUAUUGUUCUUUCAGUCAACAUUACUUCUGCAGAAUGUUAUACAGUGGAUGAAUUAUGGGAUCGUGCAUUCAUGGAUAUUUCUGCAACUGAUCUGGUGCUAAGGAAAAUUAUCAAUUUUUCUGACUGUACAGUUUGUCUUGAUAAACGAAAUGCUAGUGGUAAAAUAGAAUUUUACCAGGAUCCCUUGCUGUACAAAUGCUCCUUCAGAACACGCCUGCAUUUUACCUAUGAUAACUUAAAUUCCAAGAUGCCAUCUAUUAUUAAAAUUCAUACUCUAGUAGAGAGCUUGAAACUUUCAAUCACAGACCAGCAAUUGCCUAUGUUUAUUCGCAUAAUGCAGCUUGGGAUUGCUCUUUAUUAUGGAGAAAUAGGAAAUUUUAAGGAAGGUGAAACAGAGGACCCUACCUGUCAUAGUAAAGAUAUGCUGGGAAACCUUACAGUAGGUGCUGAAGAUGAAACAAGAGUGGAUAUGCAAUUUCCUGCUUCAUACAAAGGCCAAGAGCUGUAUUCACAAGAUGAUGAGCAGCCACAGGGAUGGGUAUCCUGGGCAUGGUCAUUUGUGCCAGCAAUUGUGAGUUACGAUGAUGAGGAGGAUGACUACCUUGGGAAUGAUCCCACAUCAGCCAUGCAUCAGCAGAAAGCACAAACUUUGAAGGACCCUAUUAUUUCCAUUGGAUUUUACUGCACCAAGGCAACUGUGACUUUCAAGCUCACCGAAAUGCAAGCUGAGAGUAGCUAUUAUAGCCCACAGAAAGUAAAAUCAAAGGAAGUAUUGUGUUGGGAACAAGAAGGAACUACAAUUGAGGCACUUAUGAUGGGAGAGCCUUUCUUUGAUUGCCAGCUUGGAUUUGUAGGUUGCAGAGCCAUGUGUCUUAAAGGAAUUAUGGGUGUUAAAGAUUUUGAGGAGCAUAUGAAUAGAAGUGAAACUGAAGCCUGCUUCUUCUUAUGUGGUGAAAAUUUGAGUACAAAAGGUUUUACAUAUCUUACAAAUUCAUUAUUUGAUUACCGAAGCCCAGAAAAUAAUGGUACUCGUGCAGAAUUUAUUUUGGAUGCAGCUCACCAUAAGGAGACAUACACUGACAUAGCUGGAAUGCAAAGAUUUGGUGCUUUUUAUAUGGAUUACCUGUAUACAAUGGAGAACACUGGUGGCAAAGGUUCAACAAAUCAACCAGACUUCCCUUCAGGGAAAAAUGAAGAUUUGGGAAUAGUCCAGGAGAAUUCUACCAAAAGCCUUGUUAUAGGUCCUCUUGAUAUUCGCUUGGAUAGCAGUGCGGUACACAGGAUUUUGAAAAUGAUUGUUUGUGCUUUUCAACAUGAGUAUGAGCCCUAUGGCAGGCUAAAGCCAGAAAAUAAGGAUGAAAAGGAAACAAUACUGAAUCCUGAAGAAGUGGCUUCUCUGGAGGAAUAUAUUCCUACUCGGCAUACAAGUGUUACUCUUCUCAAAUGUACAUGCACCAUUUUCAUGGCUGAAUUUAAUUUGCUAGACCAUUUGGUUCCUGUCAUUAUGGGAGAAAAGAACUCAAGUAACUUCAUGAAUGCGUCAAACUUCCAGUCUCUUCGGCCUUUGCCAUCCAUUCAGAUAUUGGUGGAUAAAAUUAAUCUAGAACAUUCUGUCCCAAUGUAUGCUGAACAGUUGGUGCAUGUCGUUAGUAGCCUUACUCAGCCUUCUGACAAUCUUCUUCAUUAUUGCUAUGUACACUGCUACCUUAAGAUAUUUGGUUUCCAGGCAGGACUGACAUCUUUGGACCACAGUGGGUCCUACUGUGUACCUACACCAAUUAUUCCUUCAUUUAGCACUGCUUUGUAUGGAAAAUUUUUGAAACUCCCUGCUUGCUGGACUAAAAGAUCUCAGCUUGUUUUAGGUGAAGGUAUAUUUGAACUUCCAAAUCUCACAAUUCAAGCUACAAGAGCACAGACAUUGCUUCUUCAAGCAAUAUAUCAAAGUUGGUCUCAAGUUGGAAAUGCUAGCUCUUCAGUAGUGAAUGAAGCUUUGAUGAAUGAAGUUUUCCAAACUACAGGUGUGAAAUCUAAGAAUCCCCUGCCAACUCUUGAGGGCUCAAUCCAGAAUGUUGAAUUGAAGUACUGCAGCACAUCAUUGGUCAAAUGUGCCUCUGGGACCAUGGGAUCAAUAAAAAUUUGUGCCAAAGCCCCAGGUGACAGUGGAAAAGAGAAGUUGAUUCCCUUGCUUCAGGGUCCUUCUGACACCAAAGACCUUCACAGCACUAAAUGGCUCAAUGAAAGUAGAAAGCCAGAAUCUCUUUUAGCUCCAGACUUGAUAGCCUUCACAGUCCAAGCGCCACACUAUAUGGACUACUGCCACAACUCUGGUGCUGUACUGCUUUGUAGUGUACAAGGACUAGCAAUUAAUAUUGACCCAAUCUUAUACACAUGGCUUAUCUAUCAACCACAAAAACGAACAAGCAGACACAUGCAACAGCCUGUGGUAGCUGUCCCUCUUGUUCCAGCAGUUAACAGAAGGAAAGAGGAUGAAUUAUCUGUUGGAAGUGCACCUUUGGCAAAACAGCAGUCAUAUCAGGCCUCUGAAUAUGCCAGCAGCCCUAUAAAAACAAAAACAGCAACAGAAUCCCGGCCUUUGUCAGUUCCUGUGAAGGCCAUGUUGAAUAUGUCUGAAGGCUGUAGAAGUCCUGAAGAAAGAAUGAAAGAAUUUAUUGGAAUAUUAUGGAAUGCAGUAAAGAGUCUCACACUACAGCUUGAAGUACAGUCAUGUUGUGUGUUCAUUCCAAAUGAUAGCCUGCCUUCUCCAAGUACAAUUGUAUCUAGUGACAUUCCCGGAACAGUAAGAAGUUGGUACCAUGGACAAACCAGCAUUCCGGGAACACUUGUCCUGUGUUUACCACAAAUACAAAUCAUUAGUGCUGGUCAUAAGUAUAUGGAACCUCUACAGGAAAUUCCUUUUAUCAUCCCACGGCCCAUCCUUGAAGAAGGUGACGCAUUUCCAUGGACCAUCAGCUUGCAUCAUUUCAGUAUAUAUACCCUUCUUGGAAAACAAGCGACUCUUUCCCUAGUGGAGCCCAUGGGUUGUACCUCUACGCUAGCUGUCACAUCUCAAAAGCUACUUCCUCCAGGCCCUGAUGUGAGGCAUUCCUUUGUUGUCUGUCUCCAUGUUGACCUAGAAUCAUUAGAGAUAAAGUGCUCUAAUCCCCAGGUCCAGCUCUUUUAUGAACUAGCUGAUACCAUGAGUAAGGUCUGGAAUAAGAUUCAGAAGAGAGGUAAUCUCAGUCCAUCCUCUGUCUAUCCAGAGACUGUGGCUGGGCCUGUCCCUAGUUCUCCAGUUCGAAGCAGUGUGGGCACAGCCCCUCCUGAUACCAGCACAUGCAGCCCAUCUGCUGAUAUCGGAACCACUACUGAGGGAGAUUCUAUACAUGCAGGCGAUGAAUCACCGUUUUCAGAUUCUGUUACCUUGGAACAAACUACUAAUUACAUUGGUGGAGCAAGUGGACGUGUUAGUCUCUGGAUGCAGUGGGUUCUCCCUAAAAUUACUAUAAAGCUCUUUGCUCCAGAUCUUGAAAAUAAAGGCACAGAGGUUUGUAUGGUCAGUGAACUAGAAGAUCUUAGUGCUUCCAUAGAUGUGCAGGAUGUUUAUACCAAAGUGAAAUGUAAAAUAGAGAGUUUCAACAUUGAUCACUACCAAAGCAGCCUUGGGGAAGAGUGUUGGUCUUUGGGGCAGUGUGGAGGUGUCUUCCUUUCCUGUACUGACAAGCUGAACAGACGCACCUUGUUGGUUCGACCCGUCAGCAAGCAGGACCCUUUCAGUAAUUGUUCUGGCUUCUUUCCUUCUACAACUACAAGACUUCUAGAGGGUGCUCAUCAGCAGCAUGGAUUUCUUUCUCUGACAUAUACAAAAGCUGUAACAAAAAAUGUUCGUCACAAAUUGACAUCAAGAAAUGAACGAAGAAGUUUUCAUAAGUUAUCGGAAGGUUUAUUGGAUGGCUCUCCUUAUUUUCUUCAUGAAAUUCUUCUUUCAGCACAAGCCUUUGAUAUUGUCCUUUGCUUUCCUUUACUUAAUGCCAUUACAAGUAUAUUUCAAGCAAAAUUACCAAGGACACCAAAAGAGAAAAGAAAAUCUCCUGGUCAGCCAAUGAGGACCCAUACAUUGACGUCACGCAAUUUACCUUUGAUUUAUAUCAACACAAGUGUAAUCAGAAUUUUUGUUCCAAAAAUAGACGAAGUACAUCCCACUGUUGAAGUUAAUCAGGCAGCAAAAGAAGACACCAUGGUUUUGAAGAUUGGUUCUGUUGCUAUGGCUCCCCAGGCUGACAAUCCUCUUGGCAGAUGUGUCCUAAGGAAAGAUAUUUACCAGAGAGCCUUGAAUUUAGGAAUUCUUCGUGAUCCUGGAUCAGAAAUUGAAGAUAGACAAUACCAAAUAGACUUGCAGUCUAUCAAUAUUGGUACUGCACAGUGGGAUCAAUUAAAACCAGAGAAAGAAGGUGGUACUGGAGGGGCUGUUACUGAGAAUGAAAGGAAUUCUCAAAAUCCCGCCCUUGAGUGGAAUAUGGCCAGCAGCAUACGGCGACAUCAAGAAAGGAGAGCAAUCUUGACCCCUAUUUUGACAGACUUUUCUGUUAGAAUAACUGGAGCACCUGCCAUCAUUUUCACCAAAAUAAUCUCCCCAGAAAAUUUGCAUACAGAGGAAAUUUUAGUGUGUGGCCAUUCCUUGGAAGUGAAUAUAACCACAAACCUGGACUUCUUCCUAAAUGUGGCUCAAGUUCAACUCUUACAUCAGUUAAUAGUAGCAAAUAUGACUGGACUAGAACCGGCAAACAAGGCCACAGAGGUCUCUAAACAAGAACAGAAAGCAUUGGACACAUUUGAAGGAGGCGUAGCUGAAACCUCUUCUCGGUACAGUGGUGCUCCAGACAGUGGCAUUGGCAGUGACAGUGUUAAAAUCCGAAUAGUGCAAAUAGAACAGCACAGUGGUGCUAGUCAGCACCGCAUUGCCCGUCCCUCUCGCCAGUCAUCAAUUGUAAAAAAUCUAAAUUUUAUUCCCUUUGACAUAUUUAUUACUGCAAGUAGAAUCUCACUAAUGACCUAUUCCUCCAAGACCUUGACCAAAUCAAAUUCACAAGAACAGAAGGAAGAGGGAAAAACAGGCAAGAAUUCAUCAAAUCUCUCAGAAGCUGAUUUAGAUGCCAAGCCCAACCAAGCAAGCAUCUCCACGGUGACAGCCGAAGAUCUCUUAAGCAGUAGCACUUCUUUUCCUUUAGGGAAAAAAAUAGGUGCUCUCUCUCUGGAAAGUCUUCAUGCAUCCACAAGAUCAUCUGCUCGACAAGCACUUGGCAUAACUGUUGUUCGGCAGCCUGGUCGAAGAGGCACAGGUGACUUGCAGCUAGACCCGUUCCUCUUCUUCAUUGUUUCCCAGCCUUCCUUGCUUCUGAGCUGUCACCACAGGAAGCAGCGAAUGGAAAUAUCUGUUUUUGACGCUGUGCUUAAAGGAGUAUCCUCUGACUACAAGUGUACAGAUCCUGGGAAGACUCUACCAGAAGCCCUUGACUAUAACACUGUGUGGCUACAGACAGUGCCUGGAGAAACAGACAGCAAAAGUGGCAUUCCCCCUUCCCUUGUUACUCUGCAAAUCAAAGAUUUUCUUAAUGGACCAGCUGACAUUAACUUGGAUGUAUCAAAACCUUUGAAAGCAAAUCUGAGUUUUACCAAGCUGGAUCAGAUAAAUCAUUUCUUAAGGAAGAUCAAAACUGCACACAGCUUUGCACAUAGCAAAGAGACUUCCACCCUGUCAGAUAGCACACUGAACAAGGAUGAGCUUGCUGUCUCCAGAUGUUACCGUGGAAAGUUGUCUAAGCCCAAAGUUCACUGUGAUGGCACACAGAAGAUUUCAGUUCAGGAGAACAUGUGGAGAGCCAUUUCCUACUUUCAAAAAAUUUCUGUCCAUACUACUCAGAUUGUGGUCUCCAUGGAACCUGUCCCCCAUCCUGAUAAACCAUGUCUGUUGGCAUCUCUGUCAAAUCUCAGUGGAAGUCUUAGUGUCAAAGCAGCACAAAAAAUACCUGGAGUAAUUCUUGGGUCAUCAUUUCUACUCAGCAUAAAUGAUUUUCUCCUGAAAACAAGUCUCAAAGAAAGAAGUCGGAUUCUGAUAGGACCUUUCUGUGCUACCACCAGUCUAGAAGCUAAAUGGUGUAAACACAGUGGCAACCCAGGCUCAGAACAUUCCAUACCAAAAAUAUCCAUUGAUUUAAGAGGUGGUCUGCUACAGGUCUUCUGGGGUCAAGAACAUUUGAAUUGUCUAGUUCUUCUGCAUGAAUUGUUCAAUGGAUAUCUUAAUGAAGAGGGAAACUUUGAAGUGCAGGAUCCUGAAACAGUGCCUCAAAUGCCUUCAACUCUGGAAAAGCAUCAAGCUUUUAAAAGUGAGCAGAGUUCAGAUGACCUACGGAUAGGUCUCUUUCAAUAUAUACAGGAUGCUGAACCUUUAAAAUUGCCUGGUGUCUAUGAAGUCUUGUUUUAUAAUGAAACAGAAGAGAGCCCCGGGAUGAUGUUAUGGCGUUAUCCAGAACCCCGAGUGCUCACCCUUGUACGAAUAACUCCGGUGCCUUUCAAUACCACCGAGGAUCCCGAUAUCAGCACAGCAGACCUGGGUGAUGUGCUACAGGUUCCUUGUAGCUUGGAAUACUGGGAUGAACUUCAAAAAAGCUUUGUUGCAUUUCGAGAAUUUAGUCUGUCUGAGAGCAAAGCUUGUGAACUUCAGCUGCCAGAUGUCAAUCUUGUGAGUGACCAGAAGAAACUAGUAUCUGCAGACCUGUGGAGAAUUGUCUUGAACAGCAGCCAGAAUGGAGCAGAUGACCAAAGCUCUGCAAGUGAAUCUGGUUCUCAAAGCACUUGCGAUCAACUUGUAACUCCAACAGCCCUGGCAGCUUGUACCAGAGUUGACUCCUGUUUCACACCAUGGUUUGUCCCAUCACUGUGCAUGUCCUUCCAGUUUGCUCACCUGGAAUUCCAUCUUUGUCAUCACCUUGAUCAACUAGGAACAGCUUCACCACAAUACCUACAACCAUUUAUUUCUGAUAAAAAUGUGCCAUCUGAAUUAGAAUACAUGAUUAUUUCCUUUAAAGACCCACACGUGUACCUUCGACAUUGGAAUAGUGGCUCUGAGUGCCAGGAAAUCCGGUUCUCAUCUCAGGUGGACUGUAAACUUCUAGAGUACAGAAAUGUCACAAUGCAAAGUGUGGUGAAACCCUUCAGCAUCUUUGGGCAGAUUGCACUUUCCAGUGCUGAAGUAGAGAAGCUGCUUGACUGUACCAUGAUUGUGGACUCAAUAUUUGUAAACUUUGGACAACAUGUCGUUCAUUCUCUAAAUACUGCAGUACAAGCUUGGCAACAGAACAAAUGCCCCGAGGUAGAGGAGUUGGUCUUCAGCCACUUUGUGAUCUGUAAUGACACACAGGAGACACUGCGGUUUGGCCAGGUGGAUACUGAUGAAAAUAUUCUGCUGGCAAGUCUCCAUAGUCACCAGUACAGCUGGCGCUCUCACAAAUCCCCACAGCUGUUGCACAUCUGUAUCGAAGGUUGGGGUAACUGGCGUUGGUCAGAGCCCUUCAGUGUGGAUCAUGCUGGGACAUUUAUUAGAACAAUUCAGUAUAAGGGCCGGACUGCUUCACUCAUCAUCAAGGUGCAGCACCUCAGUGGAGUGCAAAGACAGAUUAUCAUCUGUGGAAGACAAUUCAUCUGUAGUUAUUUAUCUCAGAGCAUAGAGCUAAAAGUUGUUCAGCAUUAUAUUGGUCAAGAUGGACAAGCUGUGGUUCGAGAACAUUUUGACUGCCUCACAGCCAAACAGAAAUUGCCUUCAUACAUAUUAGAAAACAGUGAACUGACAGAGUUGAGUGUGAAAGCCAAAGGAGACGAAGACUGGUCAAGAGAUGUAUGCCUGGAACCCAAAGCCUCAGAAUAUAGCAUUGUAAUCCAGGUACCAUCUUCAAACAGUUCUAUCAUUUAUGUCUGGUGUACAGUUUUGACUUUGGAACCCAACUCUCAAGUGCAGCAGCGAAUGAUUGUGUUCAGCCCUCUUUUUAUCAUGAGGAGUCAUCUUCCAGACCCUAUUAUCAUACAUUUGGAGAAAAGGAGUCUGGGAUUGAGUGAAACACAGAUUAUUCCAGGAAAGGGGCAAGAAAAUCCACUGCAAAAUAUAGAACCUGACCUUGUACAUCAUCUGACCUUUCAAGCAAGAGAAGAAUAUGAUCCUUCGGCUUGUGCUGUUCCUGUAUCAACAGCCCUUAUUAAGCAAAUAGCCACAAAGACACACCCUGACGGCACAGUCAGUCAGAUCCUUGAUGAAUUCUAUGGACCGGAAAAGUCCCGUGAGCCCAUUUGGCCUUACAAUAAGAAGGACUGUGAUAGGAAUGAACAGCUGAGUCAGUGGGAUAGCCCAAUGAGAGUGAAGCUGUCAGUCUGGAAGCCAUAUGUUAGAACCUUGUUGAUAGAACUUCUACCCUGGGCCCUGCUCAUCAAUCAAUCCAAGUGGGACCUCUGGCUGUUUGAAGGAGAGAAAAUUGUUCUACAGGUCCCUGCUGGCAAAAUUAUUAUUCCUCCUAAUUUUCAGGAAGCUUUUCAAAUUGGAAUAUAUUGGGCAAAUACAAACACUGUGCACAAGUCAGUAGCAAUUAAACUGGUCCAUAACCUGACAUCUCCCAAAUGGAAAGAUGGAGGCAAUGGUGAAGUUGUAACAUUGGAUGAAGAAGCUUUUGUUGAUGCUGAAAUAAGACUUGGUUCUUUCCCAGGACAUCAGAAGUUGUGCCAGUUCUGCAUUUCUUCCAUGGUGCAGCAAGGAAUACAAAUUAUUCAGAUUGAAGACAAGACAACAAUAAUCAAUAACACACCAUAUCAGAUAUUUUAUAAACCACAGUUAUCUGUGUCUAAUCCUCAUUCUGGAAACCAGUAUUUUCAUGUUCCGGACAGUGCUACCUUCAGCAUUUGCCCAGGUGGAGAACAGCCUGCUAUGAAAUCCAGCUCCCUUCUUUGCUGGGACUUCAUGCCUGACGUUGGCCCGUCAGUGUUUGAUGUAUCCCUGCUUCAGAAACAGAUUUUGCUGGGCUUUUCUCCUGAACCAGGUGCCGACAGCUCACAAUACUGGAGCCUGCCAGCUAUAAUUAGACAAGAGUUUCCCAGACAGAGUGUAGCUGUGCCCUUUGGGACCUUUAGGGAGAAUGGAUUCUGCACCAGGGCUAUAGCACUGACAUAUCAAGAACACUUGGGAGUCACUUAUUUAACCCUCUCAGAAGAUCCUAGUCCUCGAGUAAUUAUCCACAACAGAUGUCCAGUAACAAUACUUGUAAAGGAAAAUAUCAAAGAUAUUCCAAAGUUUGAGGUUUAUUGCAGAAAAAUUCCUUCUGAAAGCUCAGUUCAUCAUGAGCUAUAUCAUCAGAUCUCCAGUUAUCCAGACUGCAAGACGAGAGACUUACUUCCUAGCCUCCUUUUGAGGGUAGAAUUGCUUGAAGAAAUAACAACUGAAUGGAGUGAUGCCAUCGAUAUCAACAGUCAGGGAACACAGGUUGUGUUCCUCACUGGCUUUGGCUGUGUAUACGUGGACACGGCCCAUCAGUGUGGUACAGUCUUCAUCACCAUAGCCCCAGAAGGAAAGGCAGGCCCUCUUCUAACCAAUGCCGGCAGAACUCUGGAGAAGGUGGUUACCUUUAAAAUGUUCAUGACCCAGUUGAGCCUGGCUGUGUGCGACGACCUCACUCACCAAAAAGCCUCAUCUGAACUUCUGAGGCUCACGCUGGACAAUGUUUUUCUCAGUGUGGCUCCUAUGGCUGAUUCCCUCCCCGGGGAAGAGCCUGCCUCCACUCUCUUCCAGCUAUACUGUGUGGAGGUCUACUGUGGGGACCUGCAGCUGGACAACCAGCUUUAUAACAAGUCCAAUUUCCACUUUGCUGUCUUGGUCUGCCAGGGAGAGAAAACAGAACCUACUCAUUAUUCCAAAAUGCAGAAUCUCCUGGUCUCCAGCAAAGACUUGGAAGAAUACAAGGAGAAUUGCUUCAUCAAACUUUGCAUCACUAUAACUGAGGGGAAGGACUUCCUGCUGGAUGUCAAUGAGUUCAGUUUUGAACUGAAACCGGCCCGGUUAUAUGUGGAGGACACGUUUGUGUACUACAUCAAAACUUUGUUUGACACUUACCUUCCUCGCAACAGGCUAGCUGGUCAGGACACACAGCUCUCUGGGGGUAGACAGGUGCUGCCUGUGCAGGUGAGACAGCAUGCCAGGGCCUUGCUGAACCCAGUGAAGUUACGAAAGCUGGUCAUACAGCCAGUGAACCUGCUCGUCAGCAUCCAUGCUUCCCUUAAGCUGUACAUCGCCUCUGAUCACACUCCUCUCUCCUUCUCUGUGUUUGAAAGAGGACCCAUCUUCACCACAGCAAGGCAGCUUGUGCAUGCCCUGGCUAUGCACUAUGCUGCUGGGGCUCUUUUUAGAGCAGGCUGGGUGGUGGGGUCUCUGGAGAUCCUUGGCAGCCCUGCAAGCUUGGUGAGAAGCAUAGGAAAUGGAAUCGCUGACUUCUUCAGGCUUCCAUAUGAGGGGCUGACCCGAGGUCCAGGGGCCUUCGUGAGUGGAGUUUCCAGAGGGACGACAUCAUUUGUAAAGCACAUUUCCAAAGGUACCCUCACAUCUAUCACCAACUUGGCUACCAGCCUGGCCCGAAAUAUGGACCGGCUGUCCCUGGAUGAAGAGCACUACACUCGGCAGGAGGAGUGGCGGCGGCAGCUCCCUGAGAGCCUGGGUGAGGGGCUGCGACAGGGCCUGUCCCGGCUGGGCAUCAGCCUGCUUGGUGCAAUUGCUGGUAUAGUUGAUCAGCCAAUGCAGAACUUCCAGAAAACAUCUGAGGCCCAGGCUUCAGCAGGACAUAAGGCCAAGGGUGUGAUCUCAGGCAUGGGGAAAGGGAUCAUGGGGGUAUUCACAAAACCUAUUGGUGGAGCUGCCGAACUUGUGUCACAGACUGGUUACGGUAUUUUACAUGGAGCUGGACUUUCUCAGCUUCCCAAACAGCGCUAUCAGCCAGGAGAUCUACGUGCUGACCAGGAUCCUAAUAGCCAUGUCAAAUAUGUCUGGAAAAUGCUACAGUCUCUGGGAAGACCAGAAGUCCACAUGGCUCUGGAUGUGGUUCUGGUGAGGGGCUCAGGCCAGGAGCAUGAAGGGUGCUUGUUGCUGACCUCAGAAGUCCUCUUUGUCGUGAGCAUCAGUGAGGACACACAGCAGCAGGCCUUCCCCAUCACAGAGAUUGACUGUGCACAGGACAGCAAGCAAAGCAACCUGCUCAGCGUGCAGCUCAAGCAGUCAAGAGUGGCCUGUGAUGUGGAGAUGGAUGGAGUCCGAGAGAGACUAUCAGAGCAACAGUACAAUAGACUUGUGGACUACAUUGCAAAGACAUCUUGCCACCUGGCCCCCAGCUGCUCUUCUAUGCAAGCAACAUGCUCUGUGGUAGCAAUGGAACCUCCCCCCACCACUGUUAAAACCUAUCAUUAUUUGGUUGACCCACAUUUUGCUCAUGUCUUCAUUAGUAAAUUUACCAUGGUGAAGAAUAAAGCCCUGAGGAAAGGGUUCCCCUGAGACCUUUUUAAGGUGUGACUUUUGUAUUUUUGAAACAUGGACACAAGGGCAACACUCAGUAUACACAUUUAUGCCUGCAACUUGUUGCCCUACAAUAGUGAAAUGCAGAUGCAGUGCAAUUUCAAAGGCCCAAUGAAUGACCUUUAACCUCAGAGGUAUGUCACCACUACUAAUGUUCUAUGGACUUCUUCCAUUCUCCCCUGAAGAAAUAAAAUGAUAAAGAAGUGUUCUUCUCCCAUUAGGGAACAAUGAUAAAAAAGGAUCCUGCAUAUGUUGGGUUUUACUAUUCAUGGAAAAUGCAUUCCUUUUGGUCUAUAAUACCAGUUGUAAGAACUUUCACUGUAGUUUAGAUUAAUGCUGUGCUCUGUAGCAAAAUGUGGCUAUGCCUCAGGUAGACCCAGAGAUAAAAAUCUUCACCACCACUGCCUAAUAUACUUUCAAGAAAGUUUGGCUUCUCUACAUGAAAUGCUUAGGACUUUGUUGUUUAACUUGUCAAGUUUAGCAAAAGCUGCUAUUAUAUUACCUCCAAAAUUUGCAUUUUACUGAAACUCAUUAUAGUCUUAACUGCCCAGGGAUGUUUUGCAAAAUGUGUGUUUUACUGAGAUGCUAAAAAGCCAAUCUUUCACAUCUACAAAUAAGAACAGAAUCCAUGUGCCCAGGUGAGUUUCUUUGGUUCCAUAAGCAAAAUACAUACCCACUAGGAACUCGUUCUUGGUACACUGGAAGUGCAUCCAGAACCCCAAUAUUAAGCUGGCAAUGACGACCAGAUACCUUACCCAGCUGAAUGGACUUGAUAAAGCAACAGGAAAGGUAUUCCACGUUCCUGAUAAGAAUUGCUUUAUAUCUUAAGAAUGGAUGUGGCUCAUGAUCUAGCCAUUAGGUAUCCUAAAAUGUUUAGUAAAUAUUUUAUGAUCCAAUUAAUUAAAACAAGUCAAUUGAUUCUAUCCACAUUUAUGCCUGCAACUUGUUGCCUACAACUGUGAAAUAUAGAUGCAUUUCAAAGGCCCAAUGAAUGAACUUUAACCCUCUCAGAGUUAGGUCACCGCUAUAACACUGUUACUGGAAAGUAAGACUAUUCUAUUAGUGGACAGCUCCUUAAUUAAUCCACUAUAUAACACUCGUUUAGUAAAGUGACAUUUUUAUCAAUCUCAGAAUAAUUAUUUUUAAGAAUGUAAAUAUGUACUGAUCCUUUUAUGUUUUAUGGUGAUUUUGCAUACUGCUAAGACUUGUUACAUAAAUAAAAGCUUACCUGAAUUGUUAA